CAAAGUCAUCGCUGUUUGCUUCUGUUUUGUUUGGUUCCGCAUGUGACUGCUGAGCUCGCCUUGCGUGACAGGGGGCGGUCUGAGUGACUGCGUGGGGGACUAGGGUCUAGAUUCCUUUGCGUCUUUCCCGAAGGGUUGAUCAGACCCUUCCAUCGUAAGUUGAGAUUCGUCUGAGAAGAUUUCGACAAGAAACAGUUUUUUCUUGAAGAAAUGGCAACAUCCGCCAGCAGGCGCCUCGAGGAUGAGGUGACGUGCUCUUUGUGUAUAAAGCACUUCACCGAUCCUAGAGUGCUGCCUUGCUUGCACUCAUUUUGUCGGCACUGCCUGGAAGAGCUGGCAGUGCACUCUGAAGGGAGAGGAAAACUUGUGUGCCCCCUCUGUAAGGCGGAAUUCCAGAUUUCCCCGGCUGAUGUUUCGAGUUUGAAGGUGAACUUUAUGAUCAAUACUAUUAUCUCUGUUCUUCCUUUGUUGACACCUGUAGACUCCAAAAAGAAAACUGUUUGUCAAAUGUGUGAUAGUGGCGAGCCUGCCCAAGGGAGAUGUAACGAGUGCGAUCACUUUGUCUGUGAGCAGUGUAUCUCGGCUCAUAAGAGAUUUCGACCGUUGCAACACCAUACUAUCCUCAGUCUUGAUGAGAUCAAAAGCGGAAAGUUACUUGCAAUGAGCAAAACUUCCUACUGCACCAAACAUGAAGGUGAAGUGCUGAAACUGUUUUGCGAAUCUUGUAAGGAAGUAAUUUGCCGGGACUGCACCGUUGUUGAUCAUAAAAAUCAUGAUUACCUUUUCACAAGUGAUGUUAUCGCCCGAGAGAAAGAAGAAAUAUUGGAAAGAGCAAAAAAAGUUACAUCAAAAAUCACCGACAUUGAACAGGCGAUGGCAUUGGUUGAAAAGGCUCAACAACAUCUUAACGAAUAUAAAUUUGUAACCAGGAGGAAUCUGGAUCAGUUUAUUGAUAAGCAGAUAGGGGCUCUUGAGAAGAUGCGAUCUUAUCUUAGAGGGGAGAUCGAGUCAGCUUGUCAGAAGCAAGAGAAGCAGCUGACUGCCCAGAGAGAGAAUCUAUCCAUGAGACUUGCAAGUGCUCGUAGCAGUUUGGAGUUUGCUGAGAGAAUGUGCAGGGAAGCAAAUAAUGUGGAUGUCUUGUCCAUCAGGAAUGAAGUGCUAUCCCAGCUAUCGAGUCUAGCAGAGAAACCCGUGGAUCAGCCUUGUAUGGAGGGUGGAGUUCGUCUUGUAGUGGAUCAGGAAUAUUGGAGUUCCAUGUCAAAGAAGAUCUCAGUUGAUGUAUCAAGCCAAGUCUCAGUUGGUGAAUCUGAGCAUACAGAAAUGGCAACAUCCGCCAGCAGGCGCCUCGAGGAUGAGGUGACGUGCUCUUUGUGUAUAGAGCACUUCAACGAUCCUAGAGUGCUGCCUUGCUUGCACUCAUUUUGUCGGCACUGCCUGGAAGAGCUGGCAGUGCACUCUGAAGGGAGAGGAAAACUUGUGUGCCCCCUCUGUAAGGCGGAAUUCCAGGUAAUCUGUCAUAUCAAGAGAGCAUAUCAAAAAUACAUCUAUUAUUACAUUUCCCCAGCAGAUGUUCCGAGUUUGAAGGUGAAUUUCAUGAUCAACAGUAUUCUCUCUGUUCUUCCUUUGUUGACAUCUGAAGACUCCAAGAAGAAACCAGUUUGUGAAUCGUGUGAUAGCGGCGAGCCUGCCCAAGGGAGAUGUAACGAGUGCGAUCACUUUGUCUGUGAGCAGUGCAUCUCGGCUCACAAGAGAUUUCAACCAGUGCAACACCACACUAUCCUCAGUUUUGAUGAGAUCAAAAGCGGAAAGUUACUUGCAAUGAGCAAAACUUCCUACUGCACCAAACAUGAAGGUGAAGUGCUGAAACUGUUUUGCGAAUCUUGUAAGGAAGUAAUUUGCCGGGACUGCACCGUUGUUGAUCAUAAAAAUCAUGACUACCUUUUCACAAGUGAUGUUAUCGCUCGAGAGAAAGAAGAAAUAUUGGGAAGUGCAAAAAAAGUUGCAUCAAAAAUCACCGAUAUUGAACAGGCGAUGGCAUUGGUUGAAGAGACUCAACAACAUCUCGAGGAAAAUAAACGUGCGACCAGAAGGGAUCUGGAUCAGUUUAUUGAUAAGCAGAUAGGGGCUCUUGAGAAGAUGCGAUCAGAUCUUAGAGGGGAGAUCGAGUCAGCUUGUCAGAAGCAAGAGAAGCAGCUGACUGCCCAGAGAGAGACUCUAUCCAUGAGACUUGCAAGUGCUCGUAGCAGUUUGGAGUUUGCUGAGAGAAUGUGCAGGGAAGCAAAUGAUGUGGAUGUCUUGUCCAUCAGGAAUGAAGUGCUAUCCCAGCUAUCGAGUCUUGCAGAGAAACCCGUGGAUCAGCCUUGUACAGAGGGUCAAGUUCGUCUUGUAGUGGACGAUGAGUAUUGGGGUUCCUUUUCAAAGAAGAUCUCAGUUGAUGAGCAUACAGUUUUUGAGAAGUCCGCCAUCCUCAGCGGCAAAGGUCCAGAGUACCUCCGAGAUCUCUUGGGAUUCCUGCAGCCCGUGCAGCAGAGUCCAAAAAGUCGCUGGGUCAGAUGUUUCUCUGCAAAAAGAGAUGGCUGGGCUGCCAGGACCUUCCAUGAAAAAUGCAACGGCAAAGCGCCGAACAUCGUACUCGUGAGCGUUGGGGGCCGAUACGUGUUUGGUGGCUACUCUGACGUAGCGUGGACAAUGAGUGACCGUGGAUGGCAGUCCUCCAGCAGGUCAUUCUUGUUCACGCUGUGUAACAAGAAUGGCUACCGCCCUGAAAAGUUGCCAUUGAGGGACCCGCCAGAUAAAUUUGCCAUUUAUGACCACACAAGUUACGGUCAGGUGUUUGGUGAUCCGUGGUUUUGUGGUGGUAGUGACCUGUACAUCGCUGACAACGCGGGGGGUAAUAAAGUGUCCCGUACGGAGCCACACAAGUACGCUCGUCCCCAGGGCGCCACAUUUGAUGGCCCGUGUGACGUCUUUGCUGGCACCUGGACAUUCACACCCGACGAAAUGGAGGUGUUUCACGAGGUGGUGGACUGAAUACAGCUUUGAACGCCUGUAAAGUGACAAUAGACAUAAAGAUGUAUAAAUAUUUGUUAGUUGGUACUGUGUCAUGAAAUUACUGAUUUUGAAUUAGGAUGUAUCGUGGAAAUACAUGUGUUGUGACCCGCGAAUGCAUCAUGGGUAGCAUGUAAAUCACAAAACUACAUGUUAUGAAAACCCCAGUGCAAGUGGUAAAAAGCACAAAAAAAGAUGAAAAAAAGACAGUUUUAAAUUUGAAUUUGCUCAUUUUUUUGAUACCCAUGAGCCAACGCGGGCACAGGGAUUCUUUAGUUCAGCCUUAUUUGAAGUGUGUGUGUACAUCUCGAGCUUAGUUCAGGAUUCUAUAACACCAGUGCAGCUUACAAGUUUUGAUUAAUUAAACUGGCUUUCAAAAACAAUGCAUUUUUGAUGUUCAAAAUCUGUGACGGAUUACUGCUGUAAUAAGCCAUUUAAAGCGAGGCUUUUAGAUAUACAAGAUUGUGAAAUAGUUUAGGGGAGAAGUCUGUUCAAUAAUUAAGCUGAGGGUAAGGGGGGAUUAUAUGACAAUCAAUUGGGGACCUUAAAUUAAGGUAUCCUGAGUCUUGAGGGAUGACACUCCCUUAGGGCCUGAAUGGUGACUCUGGUUAAGCAUUUUAACCAUGGGCACUCGUCACCUUUUAUAUUAUUUUUUAUUACAUCAUAUACAUGUAUAAUGUAAUAUACCUAUUGAAAUGUAUAGAAAUUUGUGGACAAAUAAAGUUGCAUGUAUGUA